CCAGAUCCUUUCCCCCCCCCCCAGGAGGGGGGGGGGGGGGGGGGGAUGAUGGAAGCCAAGCAGCUACUGGCCCCGGAGGGGGACACGGCCAGGACCCCAGGAAGCCCCAAGGCCAGAAGGUCAGCGCCUCCCGACCUCACCCGGGCCUUCCUCUUAGGACUCCUUUUGGGUAUCAUUCAGGCCACUGAAAGCCACCCUUCAUACAUGGGGGUCUGUCAAGGUUAUCCUGAUUACAGGGAAGAACCGCAAGGCCAGAUCCGAAGCCCUUCCCCACUGGGAAUGUCCUAUAGCAGCUGCAGCUGGGUGAUCCUGGGUGGGCCCGAGGACGUCAUCUACAUCAGGUUCCAGCGCUUCUCUCUUUCCUGCAGCUCCGAGAUGCUAACCAUCUGGCCCCCAUCUCAGCCUCUUAGGAAAAUCUGUGGCUACAAAAACCCAGAGCCUCUCCGGUUCAGAGGGGGGAAUCUCACCCUCACCUACAGCUGGAAGUUUAUGACAGGGAGUGGGUUUCAGCUCAAAUAUGAGAGAGAGUCUAAACCACCGCCUGCCAUCCCGUGCAACCUCACUCUGAACAGCUUUUACGGGGUCUUCUUUUCUCCGGGCUUUGCCUCGGAUGUUUACCUGGGUGCAAGCCCUUGCCAGUGGGCCCUGGAUGCCCAUGACAGCCGGCCCUUGAGCAUUCGCUUCACUCUGCUCGAAUUAGACAUCGGGGACUCCCUCCAUGUCUACGAGGGGGUCCCUGGAACCGCGCCCCAGCCGCACCUGCUGCGGAACCUGGAUUACACCAGCAACAACAAGGUCAUAACGGUAGACUCGCGUUCCAGCCAAGCGUGGGUCGUGUACGAGGCGGGGCCGGGAACGACCCACCGGGGCUUCAACGCCACCUACCACGUACGAGGUUUCUGCGUGCCUUGGGAUUUCCCUUGCGGCGGAGGAGACGGGGAAGGAGCGACCUGCUACAGCGCCGCGGAGCGCUGCGACGGGACCUGGAACUGCGCUAACGGCGUGGACGAGGAAAGCUGCCGGGGCUGCCCGCCCGGACAGUACGCCUGCGGGGGCCAAGGCCUGAGCGGCGCCGUCUGCUACAGCCCCGCGGACCGCUGCAACUACCAGACCUUUUGCGCGGACGCGGCCGACGAGCGCCAUUGCUACACUUGCCAGCCGGGCAACUUCCGUUGCCGAGACGGGCGCUGCAUCUACGAGAGCUGGGUGUGUGACGGGCAAGCGGACUGCACCGACGCGUCGGACGAGUCCGAUUGCACCUACGUGCUUCCGCGCAAGGUGGUGACAGCUGCUGUCAUCGGCAGCUUGGUGUGCGGACUCCUUCUGGUGAUCGCCCUGGGCUGCACGUGCCGGCUUUAUGCCCUCCGGAGCCACGAGUUUGGUAUUUUAGCCCCCAUGUCACGGAUGGAGGCCCAGCUAGUGCAACGUCAAGCUCCGCCGUCCUACGGACAGCUCAUCGCUCGUGGUGUCAUUCCCCCCGUGGAUGGGUUCCCUACAGAAUCCCCUAAUCAGAAUUCAGUGCUGGGGAAUUUGCGGUCUCUGUUGCACAUGAUACGUAGAGACCCAGCUACCGCGACUGCUCCUGCCAACGUGGGUCACCGUUCCCAUCGGAGUCGCUUCAUGCGCCGCUUAGUUAGGCGCAUGCGCCGGUUGGGAUUGCUGCCCCGGCCGGCUCCGGCGUCUUCGGCGUCUUCGAGUGCCAUGGGCUCCGCCGCCGCCGCUUCCACCACCACAGGGACCAACGCCUCGCCUGAACCAUUCUCGGGGGAUGAAAAUAGCAUCUCUGGCCCGCGGGAAGAACAGGCUCCGCCUCUUCCUCAGAAAGUCCCGCCUACUCCUGCAGAACCUGUGCCGGAGCCAGAAGCUCCUCCUCUUCCUGCUCCUCCUCCUGCUCCGUGGCACUCGGGAGUGUUUCACAUCUUCCGCGCACGGCUCCUCCCGGUGCCCUCUUCCUCUGCAAACCAAGGGGACCCCCUCAGUGCGCCACCGUCUCCCGAAGACGAGGACGACGUGCUUUUGCUACCCCUCACCGAGCCACGAGUCGAGAACGCGAAUGCCACUGCAAACUGGGAUGCUGAUGACGAGCCCCUUUUGACAUGAAAAACUUUCUCUACCAAUUAAUUUUUUUUUAAAUCCAACACUGGAAUGCCUUUAAAAAACCUUCCUGAGAGCAAAUCAUUGCACCUCGAUUACAGGUUGGGAAGAUUUCACCCUGUCCUGUUUCCUCCACCCAAAUUUGCCCCCCUUUCGUAAAAUAAGCAAAUUUGAAGCAUGUGGGGAUGGGUCAGAGAUCAUUUUUUCUGGCUCUUUAGGAAGGAAAGGAGAACGAGAGAUCCUACACCCCACCCUUAGCCUUGGCGUUUUGAGCGAGAGGGUGAAUUAAUCGGGGCCUUCUGAACGCCUCUCUGUUCUGUCUCCGAACUUUCUCUUUAGCCAAAUAGGGAAUGAUUUGUCCCUGAAAUACCAGAUGUUGAGCAAAUUCUAGGGGGGGAAGCCACACCAUCUGCUCCUGAUGAAGCAGAAAUUGACAGGGCAGUCGCUAAAACAAGAAAGCAAACAAACAGUUUCUGUUUAAAUAUAUAUUUCCCCCUCCCCUUUUUUUUGGUUAAAUAAGAUACAGGGAUGUUGGCAAAUCUUAGGGUCUGAGUCCCGAGUUCGAGGAUUUGGUACCAAGUCCCAAGCUCACGUACUUAUUAAAAAUAAGCUCUCUCUUUUUUUGCCAGAAAAUAAGGAGCGAUGGAUUGGUUCUGAGUUGCGAGUCGAGUCUUAGUCAUUUGGAGGGGGGGAGAUAACCCGAAUGGAGUCACCAGUGUGACUUAAGUCCAGAUUGACAAGUCCCAUGAUUCUAGUCCUCAACGGGGACCACCUAGAUUUCUAGAGAAAAUCAUACCUCGACGGAGGCAGUCCCUAGAGAUCUCGAUGCCCCCACACACACACAUACCCUGGAUGGUGGUGGUGGAGGGAAUCAUUCCCAUAACCACCUACUCCCCCAUUUUUAAAUGAUUAUUUUUACAAAAAAAGGAGAAGCAAGCUGAGACUCCUUAUGCCCCGUAGUGGAGAAAAAAAUGUCA